AUGACCUCCGUGGCCCUUUCCAACACGCAGAGGCUGUGCUUCUGCUUGUCGAGGGUGAUUUCCAAAGUGCUGCUGAAGAAAAGUGCCGGAUUGGCCAGGAAGGAGGACAACUUCCUGAACAUGCUCUGGAAAUCUGGGUCCCUUCCAGGCUCCUCCUCGCACUCCAUGAAGUAUUUCUACAGCUCCAUGUUGGACCCCAGUCAGGGGCUGCCCCAGUUUGUUGGUCUGGGGUACGUGGACAGUCAAGUCGUUGUUUACUAUGACAGCAACAUUAAGAAGGCUCAGUCUCGAGUCUCCUGGAUGGAGAAGGUGGGCAAGGAACACCCCCAGUACUGGGACAGAGACCCAGAAAGCAGACACCAGAGCUUUGCUAGUUGUGCCCCUGCUCCCUGGAGGGUCUCCCCACCUGCCUCCCAGGGCCCCUCCUGGCCCUUCAGAGCAGCAGAGCUGGACCCAGAAAGCAGCCAGAGCUCCCCCUGGUGGAGAAAGGAGGAAGGAGCCCAGCCAGGUGGUGGGAAGCCCAGAAGACUUGGGGCACCAUCCAAGUCUGUCCAAUGGGAGCUUUCCUGCCUGUUAGGUUUCUCCUCCACCUUCCAGGCUCUGGAGGGGCUCGGAGUUAAUUCCGGCGGUGCCGUUUCUGCACAGAUCCCAGUGGUGACGGUGAGCAACAGGACGGAGGCUGACAAAGGGAUGGAGACGCACGUCUGCUGCAUGGAUGGCUUCUACCCCAAGGAGAUCGACGUCUCCUGGAGGAGGGACGGGGCGGUCUGGCUGCAGGACACCCUCUGUGGGUCUGUGGCCCCCAACGCGGACGGGACCUUCCACUACUGGCUCAGUAUCCAGAUCGAUCCCAAGGAGAGGAGCCGCUACUGGUGCCACGUGGAGUAUGGCAGCCUGCAGGAGCCUGUGGACGUGGCCAUGGAAGAGCCUGGUGAGAGGCUGGGGAGAGACAGGGCUGUCUGACCUGAAGGGAUCCCUGGCUGAUUCUUGGGCGGGGGGUGGGGGGAUUUUUACAGCAAGACAAAACCUAAAUAGGAGGAUAUGUAUAAUAUAAGAGCUGUAUUAUACAAGAGGGAAAAAGCCUUGAAAGACACAAGGGCCUCAUUUUAUUACCAAAUGACUUGUGGAUCUUCUUAUUUAUGAUUUCAUUUGUUACAGGGUGGCCAGAUGUCCUG